AUGGACCAGUCCAGGCCCAGCUGCAGCCCCUGGAGGUAGCUCACCUUUGUGGCCACUCUGAUGGCCUUUGGACUCUUUGGACUCUACCACAUUUCUAGCCAUAUCUUCAUCAGCCCAGACUCCCUCACAGGGCCUGAAAGAUACUGGAGCCUCCUGGCCCUGGAGAAUGUUCCAGAAGAUGUGUUGGAAUACAGCUUGUACCAGGGUCCAGAUGACAAUGCAGGGAACAUGAUUUUCAGCCAUAAACCUCCCAAUACCUGGCACCCAGGUCCCUUGUACAGUAGCAGGGAGAAGGUGACCUGCACAGGUAACCUGGUGAUCAGGAGGUCGGCUCUAAAUGACACCAGCAACUACACGGCUCAUUGGACACAGAAAACGGGAGUCAAAAAGACUGGCUGGCCAGAGGUCCUAGCCAACGCCAGCACCCUGGUGGAAGGCAUGGACUCUGUGGCCUCUGAAUGUCUCACCAACCCCUCCAUUCAGUGGCAUGUGAACCCCAUACCAACUUCCGGCAGUAACCAGAUGACAAUUUCUCCAGAUGGGAAGACUCUGCUUAUCCACAGGGUCAGCCGUCAUGACUGCAAACUUCAGUGUGCCAUAGAAGACAUCCCGGAGAUUCUCCAGAGAAGUGAGGAGCUCUCCCUGACCAUGGCCUAUGGACAUGACUGUGUGGUGCUGUGGCCCCAGCCCGAUGUCUUUGAGGGCCUGCUUAUGGCUGCAGCUGGUUCCAGCUUGGAGUUGAAGUGUACCUCCCACUGCAGCCCUGAACCCAAGUACAGCUGGAUUCACAGCAGCUCCCUGCUGAGCGCCUCGGAGGCCAACCUGACCCUACCUAGUCUGUCCUUGGAAGGGAUGGGCAUUUACCGGUGCAUCGUGGAGAACCCAGUGACCCAGCUGACAUUCUACAGGGAGGUGACUGUGCAGCCAUCUCAUGAAGGUGCUGGUGAAUAUUUGAAGAACCAGGAUGUGGGUGAGUGGACAGGACCACCACCUGUCGUCCGCAAUGAGUUCUACAUCUCAGGCUUCUUGACAAUAUUUCUCAUCAUUGUGACAGACCUGGGUGGCAUCUACCCCCAUGGAAUCCUGGUCUACACCCUAAUCAUAAUUUACUCCCACAGAUGA